AUGAGUGACAAAAAACGCCGCAAGCGCUACCAAUCGGAUUCGGAUUCGGACAGUGUUGAUAGUUCCGAGGAGGCCCGCAAGAGGGACUUGAAGGAAAGAGACGAAUUCGCCGACAGACUAAAGAAGAAAGAUGAAUCCCGAACGAGGAAUAUUCUGCACGCCUCAGAUAAAAGAGCUUACGAAGAGGCGGCCAAGAGGCUCAAAAUGGAGAACGAGGACAAGGAGAAGAUUAUACCGAUGCUCAGGGUGCAGUCGAGGAGGAAGUACUUGGAGAAGAGGAAGGACGAUAAGAUGGCGGAACUGGAGGCCGACAUAGCCGACGAUGAGUAUUUGUUCGAGGAGGAAAUAUUGACGGAAAGGGAGAAGAAGGAGAGGGCCCACAAGAAGGAGUUGUUGAGGCUUGCGAUGGAGCAUGAAAAAGCCAGGGAGUUGGAGAGAGUGCAGCGUUAUCACAUGCCCAGAGAUUUGGGCAAAGACUCCACGGAGAAUUACGUGGAAGUGGACGAUUUGGAAAAAGUACCUCAAUCAGAGCAAAAGAAAUGGGAGAAGGACCAAAUGGCGUCGGCGGUGUUCAAAUUCGGCGCCAAAGACGCCAAAAGUAGGGACGAUUACGAGCUGCUCCUCGAAGACCAAAUUGAGUUCAUCCAAGCCUUAAAGCUACCCGGCACAAAGGAAAAAAAAGAACCCCAGUUGACUGAGGUGGAGAAAAAAAUCAUGGACAUAGAAGAAUGCAAAAAAAGUCUACCUAUAUUCCCGUUCAGAGACGAAUUCAUAAACGCUGUUCGCGAAAAUCAAGUGCUAAUCAUAGAGGGCGAGACCGGUUCCGGUAAGACCACGCAAAUACCACAGUACCUCCACGAGGCCGGUUUUACCGAAGAUAGUAAAAAAAUCGGUUGCACUCAGCCGAGAAGAGUUGCUGCCAUGUCAGUGGCGGCUCGUGUAGCCCAGGAGAUGCGGGUUAAACUGGGCAAUGAGGUUGGGUAUGCCAUACGUUUUGAAGACUGUACCUCGGAAAGAACCGUCAUCAAGUACAUGACGGAUGGUACGUUGCAUAGAGAGUUUUUGUCUGAGCCGGACUUGCAGUCUUACAGCGUCAUGAUUAUCGAUGAAGCUCAUGAGAGAACUUUACAUACCGACAUUCUUUUUGGUUUGGUUAAAGAUAUCGCCCGAUUCAGACCUGAUUUGAAGCUGCUGAUAUCCAGUGCAACUCUGGAUGCGCAGAAGUUUUCCGAGUUUUUUGAUGGAGCGCCGAUAUUUAGAAUACCCGGUAGACGAUUUCCAGUCGAUAUCUAUUACACUAAAGCUCCCGAAGCUGAUUACAUAGACGCUUGUGUUGUUUCCGUACUUCAAAUACAUGCCACGCAACCCCUGGGGGAUAUUUUGGUAUUUCUUACAGGUCAAGAGGAAAUUGAAACUUGCCAAGAACUGCUCACCGACCGUGUGAGACGUUUGGGCUCUAAAGUUAAAGAACUCUUGAUUCUACCGGUAUACGCUAACCUUCCCAGCGAUAUGCAGGCGAAAAUAUUCGAACCCACACCACCAGGUGCAAGGAAAGUCGUUUUGGCCACCAAUAUUGCGGAAACUUCACUGACCAUAGACAACAUCAUCUACGUUAUUGAUCCUGGGUUUGCAAAACAAAACCACUUCAAUUCCAGAACCGGCAUGGAGAGUUUGAUGGUGGUUCCCAUAUCUAAAGCGUCGGCGAAUCAGAGAGCCGGCAGGGCCGGUAGAGUGGCAGCCGGUAAAUGUUUUAGACUGUACACAGCCUGGUCCUACAAACACGAGUUGGAAGACAAUACUGUUCCUGAAAUACAGAGAAUCAACUUGGGUAACGCUGUAUUGAUGUUGAAAGCACUGGGUAUAAACGACUUGGUACACUUCGACUUUUUGGAUCCUCCUCCGCAUGAAACUCUGGUGUUGGCUCUGGAACAACUGUACGCUCUUGGAGCUUUAAAUCAUCACGGUGAGCUUACAAAGCUAGGGAGGCGCAUGGCAGAAUUCCCAGUUGAUCCAAUGAUGGCGAAAAUGAUUUUGGCGUCUGAGAAAUAUAAAUGUUCGGAAGAAAUAGUUUCGAUCGGAGCUAUGCUGUCUGUUAAUGGCGCCAUAUUCUACAGACCCAAAGAUAAGAUCAUACAUGCUGAUACAGCUAGAAAGAACUUCAACCAUCCUGGAGGAGAUCAUUUGAGUUUGCUCAACGUUUACAACCAAUGGAAAGAUUCUGAUUAUUCCACGCAGUGGUGUUACGAGAAUUUUAUACAGUACAGAUCCAUGAAAAGAGCUAGGGACGUUAGAGAACAACUCGUAGGCUUGAUGCAGAGAGUCGAGAUAGAGAUGGUUUCAAAUGUAUCCGAGACCGUCGAUAUACGGAAGAGUAUUACAGCUGGGUAUUUCUACCACAUAGCUAGACUGUCGAAGGGUGGUAACUACAAGACGGUGAAGCACAAUCAAAGCGUGACCAUUCAUCCGAACAGCGCGCUUUUCGAGGAGCUACCACGAUGGCUGCUGUAUCACGAGUUGGUGUUCACCACAAAAGAAUUUAUGAGGCAGGUGGUCGAGAUCGAAAGCAAGUGGUUGCUGGAGGUGGCGCCGCAUUAUUACAAGCAAAAAGAGCUCGAAGAUCCCACCAACAAGAAGAUGCCGAAAACGGUCGGAAGAAGCACGCGCACCGAGUAA